GCGAAAUAUCGGACAAACCCGAGGGUUUUAAAAGCAAAGCGGAGGAGAGCCUCCUCCUCCCAAGUCUCCGAGAUCUUAUUCUCCGGCGAUCGCCGACGGAAACCCUCACGGAUCUCGCCGGUGUUGUCUCAUAGUGCGCCUAUCAAUGAAGUUUGUGACUGGACCCUGGUACAACGCGGAGAAUUUGAUCGUAUGGAAGGCUGGGAGGAAUCCUGCAAGGACUACUACAAAGUGUUGGAGGUUGACUUCGAUGCUACAGAUGAACUUAUUAGAUUGAAUUAUCGAAAACUUGCGUUGAAAUGGCAUCCAGACAAGCAUAAAGGUAAUAGUGCUGUUACUGCAAAGUUUCAGGAGAUAAAUGAAGCUUACAAAGUGCUGAGUGAUCCAGCUAAGAGACUUGAUUAUGAUAUGUCCGGCAGUUACAUAAUCAAUCGAUUCUCUCUACGGGAAUAUCUCGCACGAUUCAAAGGAAUGAUACUCACAUGCAAUGGCCUCGGCAUUGAUCAUUCCUCAGCUUGGACAAAUCAAUUAGUUGAAACCAAGGCCAGGGAUCAGUAGAACAGGAUCUUUCUCACUCUCACAUUAUGGGAUGUUGUUGUCCUGUUUUGGUGUUGAACUUGAAAUGGUUCACAACUUGUAUUUGUGAACACCCUUAGCUAGCUUGUCAAUUUCUGGUUUAAGAUAUAUAUAACAAAUGUAAUAUAUUCCAGUGCGAAUGUCUGCAUUAUUUUCAACUUGUACCACACAUUGUUUUUAUCAAUGACAUCCACAUCAUUCUAAUUUCUAAA